CACAAAGCCGGCGGACUUUGGCGAUUCAGUCACUUUUUCCGUAACUCCAAUAUUUUGACCCUGGUGUCUCUACGCAUUCCGCAAUGUCUGUACUCCUCCUUACCAUGCUAUAAUAGCAACCAUGCCUGUGACAGAGAUUCUCCUGCUGAGGCAUGGCCACCGCCUGGCCUGGACUUUGAAUCCGGUCACUGGAGAAUACUCGUCCAAUCAUCCGUUUCCUACACGAUUACCUGCCGACCCUCCCCUGGCAUCGCAUGGCGUCCGACAGGCGCAGGAGACAGGACAAUACCUCCGCGAGUAUCUGGGUGGAAAAGCGAAGCAAGACCGGGUGCGCAUAUAUUCGAGUCUAUUCUACAGAUGCCUGGAGACGUUACGGCCGACAGUCGAGGCUCUCAUUGAAGUCACACCGCCGGAGUCAUCAGCCAGGAAAAAUCUACAGGUACGAGGAGAGCGAGGGAUAGGAGAAUGGUUCGGACGCGCCUGGUUCGUGCAGCCUGCACCUGCAGAGCCAUCAGUGCUACGCAGAGAUUUCUUCCCCUGGCUAGAUGACACGUACGAAUCCAGAGUGACUCCAUCGAAGCAUGGGGAGAAGAUAGACCCUCUGCACGAUCGCAUUGCGCUGGCGCUGGCACUGAUCGUUCAAGAUGUCGACAAGGAGUACGUACAAGCCGGCCGAGGUGACGAGGAGGUGACGCUCCUGCUGUGUGGGCAUGCUGCGCAGCUUAUAGCCACAGGACGGGCGUUGACGGGACAGGUUCCUGAUGAUCACGACGAGGAUGAUUUUCAGUGCUACACUUGUGGACUCAGCAAGUUUGUACGCAGGCAGGUCCCCGCGUCGUACAAUGCUUACUACGAUCCUGGCUGGCGAAGUAGCGGAGGUGUCGCUGGUGGUUGGAAUUGUGUACUGAACAGUGAUUGCAGUCAUUUGUCGCAGGGAGAAGAGAGGGGCUGGCAUUUUCAUGGGGAUGAGAGCUUCGACUCGUAUGAGGCGGCGUCGGCGAUGGGGAUCCAGACUCAUGAUGGGGGUGUUAAUCCGCCGAAAUUGUGAGACUGUUUUCUCACGGGUAGCAUUAGAAGAUAGAGAGAUGGUAUUCUAUGUUAGACCUCGAGAAGCAGAGGAUCAUAUAUGCCACAAUGCUCCCACACGCCCACCCACGGUCCCCCAUUUUCAGGCGGAGUUUCGGUUCGGGGUGCCCCGAUUUCAAAAA